CCAGACCGUCAUCAUGACUAACCAAGUUUAGGCCCUAAUCAACACUUCUUCUGCCCCUCACAAGAGAGCUCCAGAACUCAAAGAGGGGAGGAGAAAGAAGCCACCAUGGGGAGGGCUCCAUGCUGUGACAAAGCUAGUGUGAAGAAGGGCCCAUGGUCGCCGGAGGAGGACGCCAAGCUCAAGUCCUACAUCGAGCAGAACGGCACCGGCGGCAACUGGAUAGCCCUGCCGCAGAAGAUAGGGCUGAAGAGGUGCGGCAAGAGCUGCCGCCUCCGGUGGCUGAACUACCUCCGGCCAAACAUCAAGCACGGAGGAUUCUCAGAGGAGGAGGACAGGAUAAUCCUUAGCCUCUACAUCAGCAUCGGCAGCAGGUGGUCGAUAAUAGCGGCGCAGCUGCCGGGAAGGACAGAUAAUGACAUAAAGAACUACUGGAACACGAGGCUCAAGAAGAAGCUCUUUGGCAAGCAGUCCCGCAAGGAUCAGAGACAGCUGCAGCAGCAGCAGCAGCAGCAACUCCUGCGCCAGGCGACGGCAAGUGAUGGGAUGAAGCAAGAAGCAGCGACCGGGGAUGUGAACGGAAGCAGCGGCCUGCCGGCGGUCACUUACAACUGGCACCAGCAAGCCAUUGUUGGGCCAGUGCCAGGUAUGAUGAUGGAAGGCCAUCGCAUAGGAGACGAGGUAGAUGAGUCGAUUCAGAAGCUCCUUUACAAAUUAGGAGGUGCAAGCCCUUUUGCAACUCUUCAGGUUCCGCAGUGCGUUCCUCCAAUGUACGAGGGAAGUCCAAGCCUCAUGCCGCCAUCAUGCACGGUAGACACCACCUCUCUUAAAGAAGGGGGCAUGCAAGGUUCCAGCGCACUGCCGGCGCUGGAACUGGACCAGAGCUUCCACUUUAAUCAGGUUAAGCUGGAUAGUCUAGAUUGUUUCUUUGGCAUGGGUACUGAUCAGAGCAUGAGGUGGACUGAGAUGAGCCCAUUGGUUUGCCCUAAUAAUACUGUGGCUUCCAGCUCCCAAGGGAUGCAGCAGUACUGUCAUGUUGACGAAACGGUGAACCUUGGGAUGAAGUAGCCACUGGUUUAUGUCUUCAUGUACAUGCAUGAUUGUGGUGUAAAUUAAAUUUGUACUAGCAUUCAUUGGGAAUGGCAAAGAUGAGAGUUUCUUUGAAUUAAUAGCAAUAGGGUCUCUCACCACUCCUAAAUGAGAGAGAUGCCUGAUUUUCAGGUGUCUUUUGAGUUUCUUGAUAUGGCA